AUGGGCCCCAAACACUCACCUAACAAGGAACAGCCCGACACACUCCUGCAAAAUGAUCCAGAAGACGACAAAAAGGACGAAAGCGAGAAUAAAGUGGUGGACGGAACUGAAGGUGAACAUUUGCUAGAACAAAACGAUAUCCGGCGAGGUGGACCUCCGACCGAAAGUGAUUUGCCUCCGAGGAUAGGGAAGAUUAACGGUUCUGGUGUCGUCGAAGUAGUUACUCCAACGACUUCAGAAGACCAUAACGGUGAGAACGAAUUGAAGAAGCUUGAUUAUGAGCCAUUGGUGAGCGGUAGUGACAACAAUGAUGAUAGCACGGACAGGACUAACUUCACCACCGUCACAUCUGCAGCUACUUUAGAUAGUGCGUAUGAAUGUCGUAGAGAAGAGCUACUGGAACGGCAUAAAGCACUGCUUGAACGCCGCCACAAAGCGGGGCAUUUGAACAUGCAACUUCAGACGACGCUGUCAGAACAUUUUCGCAGAAGGCGAGUAGAGGGCGGUGACACCACACAUUCAAAUAUUGACAGCAUGACCAGCAGCAUAAUUGAUACUGGUAUAGACUACACCUCGAGAUACGCCAAGUACAUGGAAACGCUUGCCCAGGUGCGCAACCAGUUCUUGGAACAAAAGGAACGCUUGGAACAAGAAAUAAACUCGCUAAAGGAGUUGUCCAACCAUAAAAGCAAUAAUGCCACAAAUAAACAGGCAGAGUUGGCUGAAUUCCUACUGGGCCAGGGAAAGAAAGCCAUUAGCUCCAGAACGGGUCGUCCCUUACCCACAGAGCACUAUAUAAAUUUAAUUGAAGCGUGGCAAAGGAAAACAGCCAUUGUUGCUAUUGAGAGGUUGGAAAAUUUGAAAUUACAGAGACAGGUCGAAAAAAUAAAUGCAGCAUUCAAGGCAUACGACCUAUCUGAAAGUCUUCAUCUGAUAGAUUUUGAACAGAUGAAAAUUGAGAAUCAAACCUACAAUGAGAAGAUAGAGGAGAGAAAUGAGGAGACCAGUAAACUACGCCGUAAAAUAACGAAUAUGGUACAGAUGAUUACACACGCGAAUGAAAAAUUGCAAUUUUGUCAGGCGGAAAACUCACAACUUAAGGACCAACUAAACUUGUGGGCAGAGAAGUCCAGCAAUGGCCGUGACACCCUCGCCAAGCUGAAGCAGGUUCGUGAUGCCCUAAGAGCCAACCACGCGGCGCUGGUGCGGGCGUGCGGCCUUCUGGGGCGCCCAGAGAUGCUUCGAGGCUAUGAGCAAUCAGUCAACGACGUGGAAUUGAAAAAACACGAAAUUUCGAAUAUGAAGCAACUAACGCAAAAACUUCAAGCGAAGGCAAAGGUCUAUGAAGACAAAUUUUCCCAUGAGAGACGGCAACAUUAA